ACAGUUGCAGCUACGGAGAGGUGCCAUGACUUUCAUCUUCAUAGUCCUGCUCUAUCUGGGGCUGAAUCUGGGCCAAGAGACCUCAGUGUUGGCAGGGACUCCCCCCAAGCCAACCCUCAGUGUUCAGUCAGGAUCAGUGGUUGCCAGAGGGAAGCCGGUAACCAUCUCAUGUGAGGUGACCAAAGGGGCCCGGGAAUACCGUCUUUACAAGGAGGGAGGUCCACAUCCCUGGCGCACACAGAACACACUGGAGGUCACAAACAAGGCUGAGUUCUUGAUCCCAUCAAUUGAACAACAGUAUGGAGGGAGAUACCGAUGUUACUAUAAGACCGCUGCUGGGUGGUCAGAGCACAGUGACCCUCUGGAGCUUGUGGUGACAGGACUCUACAGUAAACCCAGCCUCUCUGUCCAACCCAGCAGUGUGGUGACCUCAGGAGAGAAUAUUACCUGCCAGUGUGGCUCACAGCUGGGAUUUAGCAGGUUUGUUCUGACUAAGGAAGGAGAAGAGAAGCCCUCCUUGAUACUGGAUUCAGUGUUUAUAAACUCCACUGGGCAAUUCCAAGGCUUGUUUCCUGUGGGCCCUGUGACUCCCAGCCAGAAAUGGACAUUUAGAUGUUACGGCUACCAUGUUAUCAGCCCCCAGGUGUGGUCAGAACCCAGUGAUCCCUUGGAAAUACAUGUCUCAGAAGCAGUUGAGCCCCUAAGGCUAUCACCAAACAUGUCAGACCCAAAAACAGUCUCACAGCCCCAGGAUUACACAAAGGAGAAUCUCAUCAGGAUUGGGGUAUCUGUCUUGGUCCUUGUACUCCUUGGCAUUCUUCUGUAUGAAGAUCAGCACAGCCAAAGACGGAUCCAAUACACAGCCAGUAGAGAAAAUAGUGCAUCUGUCAAGGUGGCAGAGACCUCAGAAUAAGUCCAAGGAUUUCAGGUAGUUCUGUGAGAAAAUCUGGAGCAUUCAGUGGGGAGCCAUUUCAGGUUCCAGGGAGCAAAUGUGCUUUGAAAGUAUGGAAACAUCUGGGUAUUGUGGUGGAGAAGUCUUCUACAGCAAAUCAUGUUAUUUCCUCACUGGUAUCAAGGGUCCUCAACCUGUGGGUUGGAACCCUAUUUGAGGUCACAUAUCAGAUAUACUAUAUAUCAGAAAUUUACAUUACAAGUCAAAACAGUAGCAAAAUUAUAGUUAUGAAGUAUCAAAGACAAUAAUUUUAUGGUUGGGGGACAUCAGAAUGUGAGGAACUGUGUUUAAGGUCACAGCAUUACAAAGGUGGAGAACCACUCACCUAGAUGUAUACUUAGCUGACUAUCUCUCUUUCCAUCUCCAGUGAUUCAGGGGAGGGAUAACCUUGUCCCAUGAGUUAGGCUUGGAUCCUCACCUUUGUGAAUCUUCUGUUUUCCUCACUCUCAUGUAAUAUUCUCAUUUACUAUAUGCUAUCAUAUUCCCCACCUGCAUCAUGAGUCUUCAUCUUCUCUACUGAGAACAAAGAUCUUGGCUGAAAUAGCAAAACCAAUGCCCAAAAAUCAGAUUCCACAAUGGAAAACAAGAUCUGGAUGCAUGUGGUGACCCAGCACUCUCCCUUGAAUCACAGCUUUUAACACAUGCUCUUUGUGUGGUUUUCUAGAAAUGUGAAGGUGUGCAAUCAACACACAUGUGCUUGGAGGAAGUCUCUGGUGGAGUACUGCUGACAUGGCUUUGGAAAUAGAAUUUUCUUUUCUUUCUUUCUUCUUUUUUUUUGUGGUUUUUCAAGACAGAGUUUUCUCUGUGUAAUAAGCCUGGCUGAUCUGGAACUUGCUUUGUAGACUAGAAUGACCUCAAACUCACUCAGAUCCACCAGUUUCUGCCUCUCAAGUGAAAAUAUAAUUUGAUUAAUAGUAAUUAAAUUCAUGAAUCUGAGAGAAUGUGGGAAGACAUGAAAGGAAUUGGAGGGGAAAAGGGAGGAGUAGAAAUAAUGUAAAUGCAGUACUUAUAUAAUAUAUUUGGAGAAAUUAAAUAACUCAUCUCACAAUCCUGGUCUUGUAUAAUUACUGCAUAUAAUUACAGUAACAACUUUAAGGAAACUUCACAACACCAACUGAACGUCAUUUAUUUGGAGUUUAGAAUUGAUGUAUAAAACAGAUGUAUUUUUAAAGCAUAAAUUCCAUUGUUCACUGCUGGUAUUUAUAAAAGAAUCUGGCAUGUACAUGAAUCAUUCUUAGGCCACCAUGCUAUAAAUGCUGAGUAGUUCCACAAAGUCAUUCUAUGUUCCUAAUAUGGGUCUUUAAUUUACACACUGCCCUUGCUGGAAUAGUUAGGGCUUCAAGUACAAAGCUGAGCAAUAUAUGGAAAGAAGGGAUAUUGUCAUCUUCCUCCUGAUUUAAAAUGAGAUUUUUGGGUUAUAAUUGUUAAAUAUAAUGAUUCUAUUUUAUGUUGUAAUUAAUUUUAUUGAGCUAUACACUUUUUUGUUCCCUUUCCUGACUCCCCCCUCCCCUCAACCCUCUCUCAAGGUCCCCAUGGUUCUUAUUUACCCAGGAGAUCUUGCCUUUUCUACUUCCCAUGUAGAUUAGAUCUAUGUAUGUCUCUCUUAGGGUCUUUAUUGCUGUCUAGGUUCUCUGGGAUUGUGAAUUGUAUACAAGCUGGUUUUCUUUCAUUUAUGUUUAAAAACCACCUAUGAGUGAGUACAUGUGAUAAUUGUCUUUCUGGAUCUGGGUUACCUCACUCAAAAGAUGUUUUCUAGCUCCAUCCAUUUUCCUGCAAGAUUCAAGAUGUCAUUAUUUUUUCUGCUGUGUAGUACUCCAUUGUGUAAAUGUAUCACAUUUGCUUUAUCCAUUCUUCAGUCCAGGGGCAUUUAGGCUGUUUCCAUGUUCUGGCUAUGACAAACAGUGUUGCUAUGAACAUCGUUGAUCUCACUUCCUUGUGACAUGAUUGAGCAAUCUUUGGAUAUGUACCCAAAAGUGGUAUUGCUGGGUCUUGAGGAAGGUUGUUUCCUAAUUUUUUGAGAAAUCUCUACUCUGACAUCAAAAGGGGCUGUGCCAGCUUGCAUUCCCACCAACAAUGCAGAAGUGUUCCGUUUACCCCUCAACCUCUCCAGCAUAAGUUGUCAUCAGUGUUUUUGAUUUUGGCCAUUCUUACAGGUGUAAGAUGGAAUCUCAGAGGUUUUUUUGAUGUGCAUUUCUCUGAUGACUAAGGAUGUUGAACAUUUCCUUAAGUGUCUUUCAGUCAUUUUAGAUCCCUCUGUUGAGAGUUCUCUGUUUAUGUUCAUGUUUUAUUGGAUUAUUUGUUCUUUUGAUGACCGAUUUCUUGAGUUCUUUGAAUAUUUUGGAGAUCAGACCUCUGUCUGAUAUGGGGUUGCUGAAGAUCUUUUCCCAUUUUGUAAGCUGCCAUUUUUGUCUUGUUGACCAUGUCCUUUGCUUUACAGAAGCUUUUCACUUUCAGGAGGUCUCAUUUAUUAAUUGUUUCUCUCAGUGUCUGUGCUACUGGGCUUAUAGUUAAAUAUAAUGUUAAUUUCAGUAGUAUCAUAUUAUCUUAUUGAAUAUAAGAAUAUAAUAAUGGAAACACAUCACUGUUUCUAAUUUUCUGUGACUGCGUGAAAAAAUUAACAUUUUUGUAUCUACAUAAAUGUCUUCAUCAUGUAUGUUUUCAUUUUUUCCUUGCUGAUGUAAGGGAUUGUAUUAGUUUCUGAAUGACCCAGAUUUACAAGUUUGU